CGAGGACGCGCAGGCGCAGUAGCCGGGCGGAAACAGCUCUUGUAGUUUUUACAACUCUUCGAGGCUGGGACUUCUCCGGCUGGUUAAAAACCCAAAGCUAAGGGUUGCUGUUAGUUGAUCAAGCUACCUGACGUUGGUCUGCCAGAGUGAUGGCGCUCCCUUUCCGGAAAGACUUGGACAAAUACAGGGAACUUGAUGAAGAUGAAAUUUUGGGCAAGUUGACCGAAGAAGAACUGAAGCAACUGGAAACUGUCCUGGAUGACCUUGAUCCAGAGAACGCCCUGUUGCCAGCGGGAUUCCGGCAGAAGGACCAGACUUUGAAAAAACCCGGCGGGCCUUUUGACCGAGAAAAGCUGCUCUCAUUUUUGGAGAAACAAGCCCUGGAGCAGAAAGAUGUCGAGGAGGUGGUGCCUUACACGGGAGAAAAGAAAGGAAAAGUUUUUAUCCCCAAACAGAAACCAAUACAGUCGUACGUAGAAGAAAAAGUGGCGCUUGAUCCGGAACUGGAGGAGGCAUUGACCAGCGCUACUGACACAGAAUUGUGUGAUCUUGCAGCCAUCCUGGGAAUGCACAACUUGAUAAGCAGCUCUCAGUUCCAGGAUAUUGUGGGAAGCAGCAACGGUGUCGGCGGUGAAAGUUUCAGAAAUGUAGUGAAAGGUGAAAAGGUAAUCCCGGUUUUUGAUGAACCGCCAAACCCCACAAAUGUCGAGGAGAGUUUGCAGCGGGUUAAAGAUAACGAUCCUCGCCUUGUUGAAGUAAACCUGAACAAUAUCAAGAACAUCCCCAUCCCGACUCUAAAAGAAUUUGCCAAAGCCCUGGCGACGAACACCUAUGUGAAGAGCUUCAGCCUUGCAGCUACUCGGAGCAAUGACCCCGUGGCCAUUGCUUUGGCGGACAUGCUGCGGGCGAACCAGACACUGAAGAGCCUCAACGUUGAAUCCAACUUCAUCACCGGCACAGGCAUUUUGGCCUUAAUAGAGGCACUGAGAGAGAACGAAACCUUGUCAGAGAUCAAAAUCGAUAACCAGAGGCAGCAGCUCGGGACACCCGUAGAAAUGGAGAUUGCCAAGAUGCUGGAGGAAAACACCAAGAUACUUAAGUUUGGGUAUCACUUCAUGCAGCAAGGACCCCGUACCAGAGCAGCCGCCGCGAUCACGAAGAACAACGAUUUAGUUCGCAAGCGAAGAGUGGAAGGCGACCAUCCCUAAACCCUCCGGCCGUCAGUCAGAAGGAGGAGAGAUUUUGGACCUCCGUAAAGAGCACCCACUUCUUCACCUGGGGUUUCAGCCACCCCAAGAUUUCUUCUUACUUGCAUAGAAGGGAAAAGACUGGAAUUAGCGUUCCUCUUUUUGUUCAUACGGUUGAGCGUGUAAAUAUAUAAAUAUAUAUAUGUAUCUUCCUCUCUCUCUCUCUAUAUAUAUAUAUAUAUUUGAUAAAGUUAUAUUACCAGCGCUGGUAUCCAAUACACGAUUUGAAAACCUGCUAGCCCCAUUUGUCCCCAGUUUUGAUUCCUUUUCGUUUCAGGAGUUUCUGGGCAGAUAAAAGGCCAACUCUAUAACCUUGAUGGCACAGAAGCAGCAGAGUUAACUGCUACCGUUAAGCAGGCAAACCGUUUCAAUUCCCUCCGAGAGAAAAUGAUCCGGUAGGAAAUAGGGAAUUCUAAUAUAAGCACUGAGGCAUCGAGCCAAUGUUUUGUGUGUCUCAUGGAGGGAAUUUUUUCCCCCAAAAAAACAAAGGGAUUACUUCGCCCACCAUCUAUGUUGCAGUGAUGCACAUCAAGUGCUCUGGCUAAUGUUUCUCCUGUCGCCCCAUUCUGCCCACCCGAAAUGAAGAUAGUGAUGGUGGUGUUUUGCUGUAAGAAGAUUUCAGGGUUGUUUCGGCUGCUGCUUGUUUUACCUCUUCACGAUGAGCUCAGUUGGCAAAACUGAGUUGGUGCUGGGUGCCUUAAACCUGGGCAGCUUAUUUCUCUAUGAAUUUGCAGGACAGGAUUUGUCCGCAUGUUGCUCUGCCAUGUCUAGAGUGGUUGUAUUUAUACAGAUUUCCCCCCCCCCCCCCAUUUCAUCAGCACAGUGUUGGGUUUUGCUACUCGGUAUUUAAAUAUGUGUGCGAGAGAAAAAGAGAAAAUAUAUUUGUGUAUAUAUAUAAAUUGCAGCAUUUCAAACUCUGGCUGCUAAGCUUUAACACAUCAUGCUGGCCCAUUAGUGCUUACUAAGUCCUGUUUAUGUGGGUUGCAAAAUACCUUGUGACUCCUAGAACAGUGUUUUUUAACCUUGGUGACUUUGAGACAUGUGGACUUCAAUUCCCAGAAUGCUUCAGCCAGCAUAGCAUUGCAUAGCAUAACCGGCUGGGGAAUUAUGGGAGUUGAAAUCCACAUGUCUUAAAAGUGAUCAAGGUUGAGAAACACUAUCCUGAAAAUGUCACACGUUCUGGCCAGCCGCAAUCGGGGACGCUGUUGCAGCUCACCUUGAUGCUUGUCCACAGCUAGGCUGCUGGGUAGAGAAAAUUAACCCUUUUUGAAUUUCCCAGAAUUUCAAGGUGUGCCUGACAUGGAGCACAUAUUGAUGACUGUUGGGAGGGAUCUUGCCGGGUUCACACUAAAGGUCUCUUGGAGCCAUCCCGUAAUAGGCACCAUCUUUGAAAAUCGAGAUGCACCUCAACUGAGUGUGCAAGGGGAAUCCUUUAUUUUAAAAUAGCCAGGUGGCACACACUGGACUCAGGUGCAGCAAAAGGCGAGUCCAGGAUUUUGAAGAUUUAAGAUCUACUAAAGAACAACCAUUAUAGGAAAUGCUGCCCCGUGGCUCUUACUUCCAAAUUAGGAAACACUUACUAUUCUGGCCAAAACACGUUUCUGGUUUGGAAGGAAAGCUGUAAAUGAGGAAUCCCACUUUGGAUAGGACGUGAUAAUUCCCCUCCCCCCACUUUCUGUGGUUCUUGUUUCUGUUCCCCCUUGUCAAAAAGAGAGAAUCCUGCGCAUACCUUGAACUGGGGUGGUCCACGAUUCCAACUUGUUCUUUGAGGGGGACACCUGAUUCGCUUCAAAUUAUAAAAAUGUUUUUAAAUAAUAAAAAUGUGUUAAAAUGAUUUUUUAAAAAAA